AUGAAUGUCGAACUUCGUCGUCAGGUCAUUAAUGUGUACAAGGAACUCCUUGAAAUGGGCAAGCAUUACCCUCUAGGUUAUGAGUAUUAUCGGAAUCGUCUACAUAAAGCUUUCAUGUCGCAAGCCAAUCUGAGAGAUGAAGAAAAAAUCCGAGAAGGCAUCAAACGCGCCGAGUUUGUCAAGAAGGAGAUCGAGGCAUUGUACUUUCUCAAGAAAUAUCGAGCUAUCAAACAGCGAUAUGCUUGA